AUGACCACAGGCUGGCCACUGUCAGGGGCAGCACCGGUCAGCGUCCAGCGCCGGCCCAUCAAGGCGAUGACCGGCGGACUGAGCCACCACCACCCUCACUCACCGUCUGGAGGGGUUGCGGGGAACGGCAGACAGUGGCCGUCUGGAUGCCAGACCUCACACCCAGACCUCACACCCAGACCUCACCGGGUGAACGUACGUCGUAUUCACACCCUCACACCCAGACCUCACCCUCAGACCUCACACCCAGACCUCACACCCAGACCUAACCCCCAGACCUCACCCCCAGACCUCACCGCCAGACCUCACCCCCAGACCUCACCCUCAGACCUCACCCCCAGACCUCACCCUCAAACCUCACCCCCAGACCUCACCCCCAGACCUCACCGCCAGACCUCACCGACAGGUCGGUUCUGUAAUCCUAUCAAAAGGGCUCAUGCCGUCUCGGCCCAGGUAUUGCUCUUUGAUCUGAGCCAAAAGGCCGAGAAGCGAGACUAG